AUGGCGGCUACAUCGACUAGCCAUAACAAUAACUUUAAUUUGCUAUUACCGCCAUUAGAGGAUGAGGAUAUUGAUGAGCCGCCGGCAUCAGCUCCAUUACCAACUAAUCACUCGAGAAAGAAACCACGCUUGGAAAAACAAUCCUCUUUAUCUAAAACUCAACCUAUUGAUCAAGAACUCAAACAUAAAGAUAAACACCGGAAUCAGAAAAGUAGUACACUUAAAGACACUAAAUCCUCUCAAACGCGCAAGCAUAAUGCUAGUAGUAAAGAGCCUCCCGCAAAAGUUCCAAAAGAAGCGCGUAAAUCGCAGAAAUCGUCUAUAAAUGGUCAGGUGUCCACCAGCAAGGAAGCGCAUCGCACAGAGGUACUUCCCCCUCCUCAGAAAGUAGUCGCUCCAUCAAAGAUACCAAAACCUUUUAAAAUCCCCGAAAACCCUCAUACGAACAUCACCACAACUCCUAUGAAACCCCGUCAACCACAAAUAUCGAAACACGUUGAUAUUUCAGCUCCCAUGCCAAUAGCAGAGACACCAGCGAUAAAGGCAAACAAAGAUUUGAGAAAAUCUAGAAGAUCAUCAGUCGGUAAUAGAGGAAAGAGGUCUUCUUCUUGGUCGCGUGCUGGUAUAAUAGUACCACCACAUCCUGAUCUUAACAGCACGGAGUUCUGCAGACAUAUCGAUGAAGAUUUGCCUGAUCCAAGGAGGUUUAGAAUUCUUUUCGAGUGGUGCAGGUAUAGAGCCUGUAAUCCAGACGUAGUUAAACCAAGACGGUCGAAGAGAGUCGAAGAGAGUGAGCUUAAUGAACAGAAAAUGCUCUUAAAUGCGAUAAAUAACAAAGAAACUGUCGCACUCGCUCAGACUAUCGUCGAAAACUGGGUGAAGAGUCUAAACACUAAUGCACCACCGUGGAUGCCACCAAAGAGCAACAAAGAAAAAGAAAAAGCGAAGAAUCCCGAGAAUGAGAAAUAUAAAGAACUUAUAAGUAAGUCACAAGAAACGCUCGCGAGAUUAAAGCAAGAGGAUGAGAUAUGGUCAAAAUUGCGAUCAAAUGCAAGAUUGGCUGAGCAAGAAUCGGUUGAUGUGUACAAUAUUGAUGCAUCUGAAAACAAAGAAGAAUCCGAGGACAUUCAACUAGAUUAUCUCCCUGAAGGAAUACGCUCCGAUGUUCUAGAAAUACUAAACAAACCAGCAACGACGAGCAAGUCCAUAAACCAGAAUGAGAAAAUGAACCAAUUGAAUUUCACAAUCGCGGAAUUAGAUCAAGUAUAUCAUCAAGGAGCAAUCUAUACUGAGACUUCAGAUAUAUACACUAAUAAUGUGAUGUCACAUUAUUUGAAAUUACUAAGAAAUCGGUUAUCAAUUGAUAACAAUGAUAACGAGAAUGAGAAUAAACCGGACAAAGAGAAAACCCUUCCUUCAACACUUACAUUGGCUGCAAGUAAUAAUAAAUAUGAGCAGAAUGAUGCAUUACCCUUACUUCGAGCCAUUUCUCGGCCAAUUCAGCAGCAAGAUCAAAAGAAAGUCUCUAAUGAGGAUGAUGAUGACCGUGCUGGUGAAAUAAGUCUUUUUUGGAGUAGAAAAGUUUAACAUUGUUAUUUACUAUCGUUGAUAUUUUAAAGUUGUACAAUUUAGAUAUAAUACUAUUAUAUAUUACCAU